AAGAAAUAUCAAAGUUUGAGGGGAGACGGAGAGAGAGAGAGAUGGAGGAGAAGACGGAGAAGGUGAAGUCUGAGGCAGUUCAGAUAAUUGAAGCGUUUGAGGUUCUGCCUAAGCUCGUGGUUUUCGAUCUCGAUUACACUCUCUGGCCUUUCUACUGUGAGUGUCGAUCGAAGCGCGAGAUUCCUUCUCUGUAUCCCCACGCCAAAGGCAUAUUGUUAGCUCUCAAAGAGAAAGGCAUCGACAUUGCCAUCGCUUCUCGCUCGCCAACGGCAGACAUCGCAACCGCUUUCCUCAACAAAUUGAACCUCACCCCAAUGUUCGUCUCACAGGAAAUAUAUUCCAGUUGGACACAUAAAACCGAUCAUUUUCAGAGGAUUCAUUCGAGGACCAGUGUCCCCUUCAACUCCAUGCUCUUUUUCGAUGAUGAGAAUAGGAACAUCCAAGCGGUGUCUAAAAUGGGAGUAACUAGCAUUUUGGUUGGAGAUGGGGUAAACCUUGGGUCGUUAAGGGAAGGCCUUACACAAUUCUCUCGAAACUGGAAUGCGUCGCAGAAGAACAAGCAGAAAUGGCUUUCCAAGUACUCCAACAAGUCAGAUACUUCCAACCCCACUGCAUGAAAUUUAACAUCCCAUUGAAUUUUCUCUAUCUGGAUUCUAUUCAGAACCACAGUAUUUUGUAUCAGUCGUUUCCCUUAAUGAAGCAAACUGGGAGAACUUGAAUAGAAACCUGGUAUUUCCAACAGCUAUAUACUUGAAUAUUCAAUUGGAAUUUUCUAUGGAUUUGAUUCAGAAACUAUUUAAUGAACUUAAAUAGAAGUCACAGCUUUCGUCCUGUUCCCUAUUUGUGAGUGUUGUUAUGCAGCAUUAAUGUUAUUGGAUAGUAAAAUUCACUUUACCGGAAAUUUUAGAUGGUCAGAUUUGUUCAGAAGUUAGA